AGGCGGUGUGCUUCGAAUCACCAGCGGUUGUUGCUUAGGGUUCCAGUGUUAGUGUUGGCGUGUGUUGCUAGGAUGUUGAGGGUUGGGAUGGGGAAUUUGAGCUAGAAUGCAAUGGGAGUAACUAGACACUCUCUAACCUCUACUGUGUUUGUGCAAUUAGAAUUGUUUGUGAUUGUCAGCCUGUAGGUAAAGUGUCAAUUACUCAUUCAGUUAGUUGACCGGCAUGAUAUAUUUUUUAACGGAGUUACUAUGGUGAGAUGAGUAGCAGGCGGCUAUCGAUCUAUCAUAUGUGAUGAAGGGUGAUGCAUCAUAUCUGAAUUUAGUGCAUACCACUUACGGGCUGGCAGAAUGUUCGUGUUGCAACCUAGGAUGUUGGUGAACACCCUUUCUUUCUUCAUUUGAUCAGCGUCGACUAAAUAGACUGGGACUGGAGCUCCAAGGUACCAAAUGCUGCCACUGGAAACUGAUCUCAACACUCUCCCCAUGAUUCCAAACCUCCCAGAGAAAAUCUUCCCAACGGAUGCAAAGAGUACUGAAGGAUUACGGCAUGGAAGCGAACUUUUCAACCAAAAAUUAUCUAGGAAGUGUGAGGCACUAGCUGUGUCAGGCCUAGCUGAAUAUGGUGAUGAAAUAGAUGUGAUUGCUCCAACUGAUAUUCUAAAGCAGAUCUUUAAAAUACCUUACUCCAAGGCACAGGUAUCUAUUGCUGUUAGCCGUAUUGGAGACACUCUCAUUCUAAACACAGGUCCUGAUGUUGAUGAAGGUGAGAAGAUAUUCAGAAGACAAAAUAACCAAUCUAAAGGAUCUGAUCCUUCAAUUUUAAAGAACUUCGCAAUGCACUCAGUGAGAGCAGAGGCCUGUGAUUGCCCACCGAGUCAUCAACCAUCACAGGACAAGCAAACAGCUUCCAUGUUGCAUGGACCUUUCGGUCAUAGAGAGGGUUCCUUUGAUUCACCCUCCACACCAAACUUUAGCACACCGCCUUAUCUGGAUCAGAAUAUCAGUAAAAGUAGAAAACAAUCACAUGGUACUUGCGAAAGCCUGUACUGGGGUGCAAGGGAACAUAAGCAAAAAGUUCCAGGAUCUGAUCCCAUUAGGAAAACCACUCGCGUUGGUGAAAACCCUGGCUGUGAUGUGCAAGAAUCUGAGAAGAGUAGGAGAGUGGGGAAUAAUGGAUUUCGGAAGGUUUGCUUUUGGCAAUUUCACAAUUUCCAUAUUCUCUUGGGCAGCGACUUGCUUAUAUUUAGUAAUGAGAAAUAUAUUGCAGUCAGCUUGCACCUAUGGGAUGUUUCGAGACAGGUUACUCCAUUGAACUGGCUUGAAGCUUGGCUUGACAAUGUAAUGGCAAGUGUGCCAGAAUUGGCCAUAUGUUAUCAUGAGAAUGGUGUUGUCCAAGGCUAUGAGCUAUUAAAAAACGAUGAUAUAUUUCUGCUUAAGGGUGUGUCCGAUGAUGGUACACCUGCAUUUCAUCCACAGGUUGUCCAGCAAAAUGGCCUGGCUGUCCUGAGGUUUCUUCAGAAUAACUGUAAGCAAGAUCCUGGUGCAUAUUGGCUUUACAAAGGUGCUGAAGAAGAUGUUGUGCAGUUAUAUGACCUCUCUAUAUUACCCAAGGAAUGUACAGCCGGCGAUCGUAUAUCUACAUGUGGUCCUAUGUCUUCUUUAAUGAAGAAAGGGAGAAGGGAGUCGUUGUUCUCUCUAGGCACACUCCUCUAUCGUGUUGCUCACAGGAUGUCUUUAUCAAAGGUGCCUAGUAAUAGAGCAAAAUGUGCAAAGUUCUUCAGAAAAUGUUUAGACUUCCUCAGCAAGCGGGAACACCUGGUUGUCCGGGCAUAUGCUCAUGAACAGUUUGCAAGGCUCAUCCUUAAAUGCUAUGAGGAGUUGGAAUUGACGACUGAAUCAUUUCUGCUCGAAUCUGAAGUUAUUCUUACUAACUUGGAUGAUGAAUCUCCAGAGUCAAUCCUCCAGAAUUUACCAUCAAAGCAAGAUGAUAUAUUGACAGAGAUCAGCAAGGAUGAGCCAGCAAACAUCGAUAGUAGUAUGUUGGAGUAUUCACAGUCACAAUCCUCUCGCAUGUCAAAGAGUUUAGUGGAACCAGGUCAUGUUAAUAGCGAUCCUUCAUCAUCAACUACAAAAGAAGGUGUUUCUGAGGAUAGCUUGCUAAUAUUCCAGGCUGGAACUUCUCAGAUAUCAAAAACAAUUGCUGAUGCAAUCUCCUCUAAGUUGGCAGCUAUCCAUCAUGUAUCACAAGCAAUCAAAUCUCUUAGAUGGAACCGGCAGCUCCAGAACACUCAAGACGAGUGUGUCGACAGUGCAGAUAUCAUUUGGGAGAGACCUGUUGACUUUUCUCUGUGUAGAUGUGGUGAUGUUGAUUGUAUUGAAGUUUGUGACAUUAGGGAGUGGCUACCUAAAUUGAAAAUGGACCAUAAAUUGUGGAAACUUGCUCUUUUGCUUGGGGAAUCUUACCUGGCACUUGGAGAAGCAUACAAAAAUGAUGGGCAGCUUCAUCGCACUCUUAAAGUUGUGGAAUUAGCCUGUAUGGUUUAUGGGUCUAUGCCUAAACAUCUUGAGGGUGAUGAGUUCAUCUCAUCCAUGUCCAAUAGUUCAUUGAGUCUUGAAGAUAGUGAUCUAAAGUCAAGUCUUGUAUUGGAUGAAGAAGAGUAUUUGAAGAAUGCAAAAUGCUUCAGUUAUGAAGUUUCUGCUCAACAGUUGCCUCCAAAUUAUUUAUUUUGGGCAAGUGCAUGGAUGCUUGUAGGCGAUGUCUAUGCAGAAUAUCACCGAUUGGGCAGCCAUCAAGCACCAAUGCUGCAAGAACAAAAGCCUGGUGGUGAACUUAGAAUGUCAAAUGAAGUUGCCAUGGAGGUCAAACGUCUUAAGAGAAAAUUAGGGAAAGAUAAACAGAAUUGUGGGACAUGCUCCUUGAUAAACUGUAGCUGCCAAAGUGACAGGGCAAAUAGUGGCAGUAGUGCAAGCAGCAGUAGACCUGAGGCCUCUACAUUAUCUGGAAAAAAGAAAAAUAGAAAAUCAUCUGUCAGGAGCUUGCGUGCACAGCCUACAGAAACCAAAGAGAACCCUAAUCCACAUGGAGCUGUGGAAGGCUCUGAAGAAACACAGAACAGUACGAAUGAUACUUGUGUUGGAAAAAACUCAGUAGCAAAUGCUGAGUUUGAUCAUGAUCACACCAUAGAAAGUCAGUCAAGCAAUGCUGAUGGGAUUGCUGAUAAGUCUGAUGAAGAUAUCUCCAGUGUGAGGGAGGGUGGUAUCUUUAAGUUCCUUGGAGGUCCUAAACCAGGAGAUAUUGAAUACAAUCUGUGCUCUGCUAUUCACUGCUAUGGUGCAGCUAAGGGAGCCAUGUUUGCACUUCCUGCACUCUCGGCUGAACUUUCCACCAUCCUUAAGAAAAGAGGCUGGGCAUUCAAUGAACUUGGCCGCAUUAGACUAGAGAGUAGGAAUCUGAGUGGUGCUGAGAUUGCUUUUGCUGAUGCUAUUAGAGCAUUUCAAGAGGUCUCUGAUCACACAAAUGUUAUAUUGAUCAACUGUAACUUGGGUCAUGGUAGAAGAGCUUUAGCAGAGAAAUUGGCGUCACGGGCAGAACAAUUUCAGAUGCAUGAUCUUCCUGAAGGCUCAUAUAUGCAAUCCAUGAAGUCCGCCAAGUCCGAAUAUUUUCAGGCAAUUAACUACUAUACAGCAGCUAAGAGGCAAUUGCGUUAUGCUGAGAAUGAAGUUGAUAAAGCACUGUACAACGAAGUUUACACCCAGUAUGCCCAUACCCACCUGAGGCUUGGAAUGCUUUUGGCAAGGGAAAGCUUCUUAACUGGCAGUUAUGAAGGUGGACUUGUUGACGAAUCAUCUAAUAGAACAGUUCUUGAGAUUUCAGCAAGUGAUGCUUUUCGGGAGGCUCUGUCUACCUAUGAAUCCCUUGGUGAACUUCGCAAACAGGAGGCUGCUUUUGGCCAUUUUCAGCUUGCUUGCUAUCAAAGAGAUUUGUGCUUGAAGUUCCUGGAUUUGGUUGGCAAGGAGGUCAAACAGAAGACAGAGGAUAAAUAUCGUCAGAAAGCUAAGUGGUAUGGUUCUCUAGCAGAGAAAAACUGGCAUAAGGCUUUAGAAUUCUAUGGUCCGAAGACGCACCCUACCAUGUUUCUGAAUAUCCUUAUGGCACAAUCUGGCCUUUCUAUGAACAUCUCUGGUUCGCUCCACUCUAGUGUGAUGCUUGAAGCCGCACUGAUGCACAUGCUGGAAGGCCGCCAUGUGGUUGAAGCGAAUGAGGAAUGCUCAAACGACAUGAACCUGGAUAUAAAGCCAAAGUUCUGGAGCCAGCUUCAGAGUCUGCUGAAGAACCUGUUGGCAGCAUCGCUGCCCGGCAGCACAGGCAGGCCAGCAGCUUCUGUCAGUCAGGGCAGCACAAGCGGCAGAGACGCUGCGAAGCUGAAAGAGAUGUAUCGUCUGACUCUAAAAUCUACCUCUCUGGGGCAGCUGCACGCGCUGCACAAGCAUUGGACCUAACACCUCUGGUUUCGCAAAUGGUAACAGUGCAUGCAUGACCUGCUACUUAGUCAGGAUCUUCUCUAAAGCUUCUGAUUAUCGUGUCCAUUUGUUCUCUGGGAUGUUGUGUAGACCAACUGGUUGUAAUGCUAAUUAUGUACCGGUACCGGUACUGCUAGCAAGCGAAUGAUCGCUUUGUAAAUGUAAAAACUUCUGGGGCACUCUCCAAAAAUCUACAGGUUGCUUUGUCAGAAUAAUCUGCUUAAACAGAGUGAUGUCAAACUUUGCCCGGAA